UGUGUGCAGCACUCCACCCCCAGCAGUUUAAGCCUUGUCUGCUUUGUCCUCUGUUUCAUUCUUCUUAUAUACUCUGAACCCAACAGCUUCAUUUAUUUAUCUGCUUCUGGGUUUCAGGAGGAAGAUAAAAGAGAGAAGAGAGAAGAGAGAAGAGAGAAGAGAGAAGAGAAGGGAUUGCAGAGGAAGAAAUGGGGAAGCAUCAUCGUUAUUAUCAGCCAAGAAAGGGUGAAGAAAAUGGAGACUAUGACAAGGAUUACUCUGCAACCCUUCUUCUAGAAUUGGGAACAACUAAUUACUACAAGAGAACAAAGCCCAAGGUCCUCCCUCUGCCAUUCCUCUUCUCACUUGUGUCUUGCAGCUUAAUCUUGGUCCCUCAGCUCUUCAGCUACUCUGCAACUCUUUCCCUCAUCUAUUCUUUUCGGUUGGUAAAUGAUGAACCCACCUCUAAUAAGUUAACAGAAGCUUUCCCUUCUUCAACCUUUGAUGAGGGCCUUAUGUGCGACAGGGGAGCUUUCCGCUAUGAUAUCUGUUUCAUGAGAGGGGAUAUAAGGACUCUAUCUUUGGCUUCUACAAUAAUAAACUAUCUUCCAUAUGAGAAUGAUUAUGAACCACCACCAUUCUUCGAUGAAGAUGCAGGAAUAGGAGGAGGAGAAGAAGAAGAACUACAGCAUGAGAAGAUCAAACCUUAUACCCGUAAAUGGGAAACCAGUGUCAUGGACACUAUUCCUGAUGUUGAGCUUAUUGUGAAGAAAGAUUAUCUUACCCGUCGCCAUGUUUGUGAUGUUCAUCACUCUGUUCCUGCUGUGAUCUUCUCUACAGGUGGGUAUACUGGUAAUGUCUAUCAUGAAUUCAGUGAUGGAAUUAUCCCUCUUUACAUUACAACUCAACAUCUCAAGAAGAAAGUUGUGUUUGUUGUGGCGGAUUACCGUCGUUGGUGGUAUACUAAAUAUGCAGAUAUCCUCUCCCUUCUCUCUGAUUAUCCUCCAAUUGAUUUCAAUAAAGACCCAAAAACCCAUUGCUUCCCUGAAGCCAUUAUUGGCCUCAAAAUCCAUGAUGACCUUAGUGUGAAUUCUUCGUUUGUGCCGGGGAAUAAGGGCAUCAAAGAUUUUCGCAAUCUUCUGGACAGGGCUUAUUGGCCUAGGAUUAGGAUGCUAAUGCAAGAAGAGGAAAGAGAAGCUCAAUUGAAGUUAGCAAACAGAUCAGCUUUAUCAGCAUUGCCAUUAGAAGAAGUACAGAAACCAAAGAAAUGGAAACCAAAACUUGUUAUCAUAUCUAGAAAGGGAACAAGGGUGAUAACCAAUCAAGCUGCAUUGGUGAAAUCUGCAGAAGAAAUAGGUUUCCAAGUUGAAAUCUUGCUCCCAACAUCAACAACAGAGCUGGCAAAGAUUUAUAGAGUUCUCAAUUCUAGUGAUGUUUUGAUUGGUGUCCAUGGUGCUGGUUUGACACAUCUCUUGUUUAUGAGACCUGGUACUGUAUUCAUCCAAGUUAUACCUCUUGGCACUGACUGGGCUGCAAAUACUUACUAUGGUGCACCUGCAAUUGAGCUUGGCCUCAACUACAUGGGCUAUGAAAUAUUUCCAAAGGAGAGUUCUUUGUCUAGUAAGUAUGAAGAAAAUCAUCGCGUCCUCACAGAUCCUCAUAGUGUGAAUAAAAUGGGUUGGGAACUCACUAAGAAGAUCUAUCUUGAUGGCCAGAAUGUUAUAUUGAAUAUCAGAAGAUUCCGAAAGCAUUUGUUGUGCGCUUAUGAGUACUCCAUUGCCAAGAGAAAUCAGAUACAGGCAAAGAUGGAAACCAUAGAGAACACCAAAGCUUCCGCCGUUUCGUAAAUCUGGUUUUUUUUUUCUUCACCCAUUACUCAAUUGUUUGAUACUAUUGUUCAAUUUAAUUUCAUCUGUUCAGAACAAGAAGAACAUUAUUAAGCUUUUGUAUGUAGAGAUCAGUUUUCAUUUGUUUCUUCUUCUGUUCAUCUGUACAUAAUAAAGAAAAAAACUAGGUGCAUUUUUUGUAUUGA